AUGGAGAACAACGGCAGCCUUAUAAUGAGAGAGAAGAUCGAUCAGAUGGCAACCUGGCUGGGGUCCACCGUCUCCUCCGCUUUCUUCUUUUCCUUGGAACGCUUUUCCUGCGUCAACGUCGCUACUUCUGACCCUGACAACGACGAAGACGACGACGACUACUCUGUCAGCACAACCGCCACCACCACCAUCAACAAUCCUAAUUCCUCCGUUCAGAACACAAACGACGUCGCCAACCUCCCUGUUUGA